AUGGUCAACUCAUUCACUACCAUUCGUCUUCAUCUCUUCUUACUUUUAGUACUUUUAUUAACACCGGUCUUGACUGAUCAACUCGAAAGUUCUUCUGAUUCAGUCAAGAGCCUUUCCACAAAUCUUUCACGUCGGGAUCUACCGAUUUCCAAAAUAAAUCAUCCUUCAUUAACCAAGAGAAGCAAGACUGUGGUCUCUAAUCAAACCAUCAAACCAGCUUCAAAGAAGAAAUCAAAGAAGAAAUCAAAGAAGAAAUCAAAGAGCAAACCAAAGAAUAAACCAAAGAACAAACCGAAAGAGAAACCACAUUAUCAUAAGCAAAAACCUUCUAUUCCAACUCCAGUUCAUGUCCCAGUUCACGCUCCUGCUCCUGUUGUAAAACCGGCUACAAUCCCUCGUCCUCGUCCUGUUCCGGUUCGUAUUCUUGCCCCUGCUCCUGCUCCUGCUCCAAUUCCAGCGGCUAUCUCGCAUGCAAUUCCAGCUUCUAUUCCAGCUGCAAUCUCGGCCCAACUGUCUUCCACAAAGAAAGUUCUGAAACCUAAUCCAACGCAUUAUUCUCAUCCUCAGAGUAUUCCGGCUCGACCAUCAAAUGUUCAUCCUCAAAGUCCAACUCCUUUACUUAAUCUUCAUCCUUUAUUACCGGUCUAUGGGGCGGCUUCACAAGAUCAAGGUAGUGAUAUUGAUCGAUGGGUAAACGGGCACAACAAGGUUCGAAAGAUGUAUACCGUAGGAGAUGUGAAAUGGAGUUCGAAAUUAGCUGCUUCAGCCCUUCAACAUUCUCAAACUUGUUUUUUUAAACAUACAUCUAAUAAUCAAUAUGGAGAAAAUAUUGCAGCUGGACAACAAUCGAUUGAACAAGUUAUGAAAGAAUGGGUCUUUGGACCUGGUGAAAGAGAUUCAUAUGUUCGAUCAGAUCCAACCAGUCAUUCUCAUUACACCCAGGUUGUGUGGGCUGAUACGAAGGAGAUCGGAUGUGCUUUGACAACUUGUGAUUCUUUUGGUGGUGCAGCACUUGGUCCAGGUCCGAUUAAGUUUUGGGUUUGUGAAUAUGACCCUCCUGGAAAUGUGAUGGGUUGGUCUGCUAAAGAAGUACAUGCUGCAACCGGUGGUGCACCUCUUUCAGGUGGUUAUACUUCAAAAUUCAAACACAAACGUCGAAAUGGAUUUUCUUUAAAACAUUAG